UAUAACUUUCACUAAAAUGAAACUUUCUGUUUCUCACGCUCUCCUAUUGACAUGUCUCUCUAUUCAAUGUAUUCACUUUGCUUUCAUAAAUGCUGCAUGUCCUGCAGGUUGGGAUUCGCGUACGGAUUCAAGCGGUGUCGAGUAUGGCUAUCAAGUUGUAUUGCAAAAGAAUAUAACUUUUAGUCAGGCACAAAGCAUCUGUUCAGGUCUUGACAGUGAUAUAGUCAGCAUUCACAGUAAAGAUGAAAAUGAGUUUAUUUAUGGUUUGAUUAAAACAAGCGGAGUUGUACUCUACAUUGGAAUGCAACAAGUGUCAGAUCAGUACUCACCUACCUGCUCAUUUUCUGAUAAGUCAGAUUGCAAUUUUGGAAAUUUCAAUGGUGUUAAAGAUCCUAAAAGACAAGAAUACCCAUGGGUGAGAAAUCCAUCGAUCACUACUGAUGGAAAUACUGUUCACUGCGUCCGGAUUGUAGAUACGACUUAUAAUUUUGGCAAGCCGAAUUUUAAGUGGAAUGACGUUGGGUGUAACGACGGACUUGAUGGAACGAUUUGUAAAAAGAAAUGUAUAGGUGGUAAUAGCGGAGGUUCUGCUUCAACUGCUCAAACACCUGAGGCUUCUAAAGCUUCAACUUUACUUCCCGCGAAUACAGCAGCCCCAGUAGUUUCAACCAAGUCUGCCAACGGUGGAGGAAGCAGCAUUGGUCCUGUUGUGACUUCGAAACCAUCAGCAGUCCCAGUAGUUUCAACCAAGUCUGCCAACGGUGGAGGAAGCAGCAUUGGUCCAGUUGUUACUUCAAAACCAUCAGGAGCCCCAGUAGUUUCAACCAAGUCUGCCAUCGGUGGAGGUAGCAGCAUUGGUCCAGUUGUAACUGCUCAAUCGCCAAAAACAUUUGCUACUUUAUUACCAGGUUUUCCGGGAUCUACUCCCAAACCUGCAAACGGAGGUGGAAACAAUGGCAGUUGUGGCAAUUGUAAUUGCAAUGAUGGAUACAAGUGUGGAUCGGAUGACUGGCAAGUUAAGCAUGGAAAGGAUGGAUCAUUCGCCUACAAAUAUUUUCCAGCUCCCAACAGCUCUUAUUUUACGGCUAAGGCUAUCUGUGCCAAAUAUCAUGCUCUUCCAUGUUCAAUCAACUCUGAAGAAGAGAAUGAAUUCUUGCUCGAAAAUGUAGCAAAUAUCCAGCUUAAGUCCAAGAAAAGAGCUAAGCGAGAGAUACAAGACUCGUGUAUUUGGACUGGUAUUCAUAUAGCAGUUACAGACAAUCAUGAAGAGGAAAAUGACUGUUACUGUGAUGACGGCAAAGAAUGCUCGUAUGGACACAAAAAAGAGGACAAUAAGGAUGAUGACAAUGACAAAGAAGAUGGUCAUGACGACAAGAAGAAGAAAGAGAAGGGUAAGGAUGAUGACAAAAAGAAGAAGGAAAAGGAAGACAAAAAGAAGGAAAAAGAAGAUAAGAAAAAGGAAAAGGAAGAAAAAGACAAGAAAGAUAAAGAUAAGAAGAAGGAAAAGGAUGAUGACGAUAAAAAGAAAAAGGAAAAGGAAGAAAAGGACAAAAAGAAGGAAGAAAAAGACAAGAAGAAGGAAGAAAAGGAGGACAAAAAGAAGAAGGAAAAGGAAGAGAAAGACAAAAAGAAGAAGGAAAAGGAGGAUAAAAAGAAGAAGGAGAAAGAAGAAAAGGACAAGAAGAAGAAAGACAAAAAGGAUAAAUCCAAAGAUGAUAGUGAUGAGGAUGACCAUAAGAAAUGUAGUUGCAAGGGUAAGAAAAAACCACCAUCACCUUGGGCUCCCGGAUGUCCAUCAAAACCUGGAGGUGGAGAUAAGAAGCAUUGUGUUGGAAUUGGGAAUGAUGGAAAAUGGAAGGAUGUCAACUGUGAGAAACCUGGAACUGGAAUUAUAUGCAAACGUCCAUGCUCUCCAUAA